AUGAAAUUCUCAUCGUCGACAAGAACCACCGUUAUCCACACUUUCCAUAAUGACAAUAUUACCCCUCCAUCAACCAGACAAAUCCCGAUAGAAAUCCCAUCUCCGGCGGCGAAAUCCACCGUCCAGACUAACCCCUCCGCUUCCGCCUCCUCCGCCGCAGCCCGGAUCAAGUCUGGCUACCGUUCUUACAAAAUCCGAAGUCUAUACAAAACAAUCUCAUCCGUCAAUCGGGAAGCGAGUCGUGUACAGAGCAUGAUCCAACGGCAGGAAACGGUAGACGCCAUUAGAAGCGACGAGAAGGAACGGCUGAGGAUGAACGAGACUCUGAUGUCUCUGCUUCUGAAACUAGACUCCGUGCCGGGACUAGAUCCGACGAUCAGAGAAGCUCGGAGGAAAGUGAGCCGUCGGAUCGUAGGGAUGCAGGAGAUACUCGACUCGAUCUCGGAGACCAAAGACGAGAGUCAAUGGUGGUCUUGCUACGAUAUCGGAAACGACGCCGGAAAAAGCGGCGGUGCCUGGCCAAUGUAUUGGGAAGAAGCGGUGGAGGAAGAGAUGUGUAGAGAGAAAGGAGGUGAGGAAAUGGAGAGAUUCUGUGCUCAGUAUUUGGGUUUCAGAUGUUUCCAGAGAUUUCUCAGAGAAUGA